AUGAGAGUACGACGAAGAUUUGCUCGAGAAAAAGGAUCAGAGGAUGGCAGAAGUUGGAAGUCUGCACUGACCGUGUGCUCGCAGAUAUCAGGAGGGUUACUUUUGAUUGCAGUCGCCGCCGUAAACAUGCCCCCUUCGUUCCUAUCUAUACCGCUAGCAUCAAGAAAUUUGACAUCAAUAUCAACGACUGUGACUAAAUCAACAUCCCAGACUUCCGAUUGCUGUUCAUUGGCAAGACAAGAUACCUUUGGUUUGUUUGAUGACAUUACGGAUACCAUGUGGAAACGAAUUCGACAAAGGACACAAGCUUCCAGUUGGUAUUGGGAUCCAAAGAAUCCUGUGAAUAAUGUACAAGAUCCAGGCUGGUGGAAUUCGCACAACAUGAUUCCGAAUUUCGCCUGUCCGCAUGUGGAAAAGCUUGGAGGAGCUGGAAAUGAAGGCACAAAAUUUGUGUGUAAUCCGCGCCGUCUAGUGACAGAGGAAAAGCCUAGCUGUCUAAUUUAUUCCGUCGGCUGUGCGGGAGACUUUAAGUUUGAGGAUGAGAUUUUCAAGCUGCACAAGAAGGCUUGUGAAAUACACGUGUUCGAUCCUGCCAAUUGGGAACGGAAAGGAGAUGCAGAAAAUAAAAAUAUCCACUACCACGCCUGGGGUUUCAAAAGCACCUAUGAUGAAGAAUCCAAAAGUGUCGUAUGGCCAAAAGGUAGAGGCGGAGGAUUUAAAACAAUUCCUGAAACCCUGAAGGAACUCGGUCACGAGAAUCGCACAAUCGAUAUCUUCAAGAUUGAUUGUGAGGGCUGCGAAUGGUCUACUCACAAGGACUGGAUCUCCGUUGGCUUUAGACAAAUUCUUGUUGAAAUGCAUGGCGUCCCGGCACCAGAAGGUACUCCAAAGGCUAGAUGGUACCAGAAGCCAAUGGACAUUCACAAUGAUUACUACAAGGACUACAUGGACAAUGGAUAUGCUCUUUUCAACCAUGAUCCCAAUGGCGAAUUGGGUUUGGAAUUAUCUUUCAUCAAACUAGAUAAACCCUUUUGGGAAACGCCAUCGCAAGAAGCAUGGUAG